CAUGACGUAAUCAGAGACUCGCUUUAGAUACUUAGGGGAGAAAGGAAAACAGAAAGCAAGACGUAUACAAACUUUUUGCUUUCUUUUUGUUUUUCGUUUUAAACACAUAUUUUAUUUUGUAUCUGGAUUCGAGGAAUUAGUAUGAUGUGUGGUUUUGAUAGACAGAAAGGCCCUCGCCAGCUGAUGAGAAAAGGGAUCACACUGAUUUUUGUGGGACACAUAAACUUCAUUUUGGGGGCUAUAGUCCAUGGCAGUGUGCUACGUCACGUUUCUAAACCAAAUGAUCAGCUCACCACAGCGUACUCUGCUACCAAUAUCAUCGCUGUGGUUUCUGGAUUGCUGAGCAUUACUACAGGGAUUAUAGCUAUUCUUGUAUCCAGAAACCUACCUAAUGGAAAAUUGCAUGUGAGUCUGCUGAUCAUGUCUUGCUUAAAUGCAUUUCUGUCAAUGGCGUGUUGUGUUGGGCUCCUCCUGGCCAUUUCAUUGACCAUCAUGGAUACAGGGAGGAACCUGAUAAUUGGCUGCAAUUCCACGGUGCUGCCUGCUGAUGGCAGAGCCUCCACACAUAACUGCCCCUUUGAUACUACACGCAUCUAUGAUACCACUCUGGCACUCUGGUUUCCCAGCAUGCUUAUGGCUGCCUUGGAGGCAGUCAUAUCUGUGCGCUUCUUCAUUGUGGGUAUGAUCCUCCGUGGAAUUGGACCAUGUGGCCAGACCUACUUCAGAGAGCGGCUGGAGGAAGAAGAGGCAGCAGCAGCCAGGGAGGGUACAGACAAGGAUCGCAUACCUGAGAUCCACCAACUCCUCCAACCCAGUGGGGCAUGUGUAUGACAUGUUUUGCACACUUGAGCCAAGUGAGGAAAUAAGACAGCUGCUAUGAACUGACUGCAGGACACUGAAAAGCAAAAACCUAUUAAGUUCCAGAGACCAUACCAAUUAACAAACAAAACUUUCGAUAAUGCACUCACUAUGUAGUUGAUGCGGCUGGCAACCUCCAAGGUUAUUCUUUGAACCCUGUAUUUCCACUUAGUUAUGGGUAAUUGUUAAUAAACAGCAAUAAUCUUACAAUUUGAUACCCUUUUAUUCGUAGUUAAUGUUUCUAAUUUAAAAAAAUGCUAAAUUAUUAAAUCAGAAUUCCUUUUUUAAACCCAUCUUUUAAGGGUGGAUUUACAUGUUAAAUCCCCAAACUUUUGUAUUUGUAAUUCUUUACAAUUUUUUAUUAAAGAUAAUAAAUGCCAAUAAAAUUGUAUGUGUUUAACAAGAUAUGUAGAAAUAUAAGGAAACAAAAUGUAUAAGAAAGUGAAAUUAAUGAUGUGUGAUUUUAAAUAGUUGUUUUUCUGUAAUAAUUUUCAUGUGUUAACAGUGAAAUGAGGGGGCACAAGAUUUAUGGCUAUUUUUAAUGAUUUCUGUACGUAAUAAUGUCUGGAAUGUCCUGGGAGGCAACAUGGACACACAACACUGGCAAAACCAUCUGCAUCUUGAGAAGUGAAUCUGAUUGUACUGCAUACAAAGAGACUACGUCUUGGAUGCUAUGCCUUGACUGCACUAUGUGGUAAUGUGAUAAAAAUGAGCACUUGUGUAAUUUAAAAAAUCUUUAUCAUAAGGGGUGCUUAUAUUCUUUUAGGCACACUGCUACUAAGACUACUAGUAUCUUAAACCAUUUAAUCUGGCAACUUAUAUUUUUACAGUGACAAAGCCUUGUAUCUCAGAACCGUCUGAGGUAGUGAUUUCAUAUUUGCCAUGUUACAUAAACCCUGCAUGUUAAAUGUGUUGCUAAAAUGGAAAUUUAUCUCCGAUUUUAAUAUGGCUGCUAUUUUUAGGUCAUGUGACUUGAAAUACAGCUGCAUAUAAUUCUUAA